GGCAGCAGCGGCCAGCAGCCGCAGCAGAGGCGGCGUACGCAGAAAUUUAAAAGUGAUCGCGCCGAGGAUAUCCUAAAACGGUGGCCACCAAUCUCGGCGAGCUCCGCUUUCUUUUUUCCCAUCACGUAUCGAUCAGCCGCUCGAAUGAAAGUAGUGAAUCGGGACCGCGUUCCAUUGGCAUCGGGGCCAAGAAACCGGCAGGACCUGAAGCCGAUCUUGAAGAAGCCGCGGCGGACCCGCGGCGCGGCGGGACGACCGAGUCGGCGACCAUCCCGGACCGUCUCUAAAAAGGAAAAGCCCCGGCUCGUCCGCUAAAUUUCUAUGAAAUCGGUGGCAAAUGCCGCGCUACCAUCGGCACAGGUGACAAAGACAGAGACUGGCCAGGUGAGCGGACGUAAAAGAGUAAUACCCAGGCAAGCCUGGGUUCUCCAACCAUAGCGCCACCUGAGAGCCAGCACGGUCCCUCAAAAUGGCCGUCCCUCUCACCUCAGACCUUCCCGGAACGUCGACGGAAGCAGGUGGCGAUAUUCAGGUUCGAGCACUCGCGCGGCCGCCUCGGUUGGUGCCGAGACCCAGUUACAGCCGGCGGACACACGAAAUAUCGGUGCUGCAGGAGACUCCCGUGAACGCGAAGGUCGAGGCUCGGUGGCCGUGGUGUCGUGUGAAACGCGUCGAACGCUCGCGAUCUCGUGCUCGAUCGGACGACACAGCGCUGGGGGAUCGGCGAGUCUCGCUGUUGGCUGCUGUAACAGGCUCGCUCGAGGAGCCGAUACACGUCGCAGAUACCUGGCAGGUGGAUCUGUUCCUAGAAACGCGCUGUUCCCCUGUCCGCGUCACACGGUGCGCGCGUUUCACGCGCCGCGGUACUGGUCCCGCGGCGAUCCUCGGCCUCUGGUGAUUUCAAUGCUCGGUGCGGCCGUGUCCGGAAGAGCGAGCGAGCGAUCGAGAGGACCCGAGAGAGAGACGGGGCGAGGGGGAAAAGAAAGAGACAGACAGCCUGUCCGUGACAUCGUGCGCGAUUUUACCAAGUGCCGUGGUAUCCCGUAGCCCUGGGCACGACCCGCCGGUAGAAAGUAAAUCGUGUCGGACCGUGGGACUGCGAGGAAAUCCUGACUGGGACGAGAACAUCCGCGAACGUCCGAGGAGAGAUGUCCGGAGCGAGGCGUCGAGGUAUCUCGUGGACCACGCUGGACGCACGAGCAUGAGGACGUCGCAGCUGGUGGCUACCAGAGCGAGCUGCAGCACGGACUGACGACAGAGAACCAGCCAGCCAGAACGAGAGCGAGAGAGAGAGAAAGAUAGAGAGACCGAAGACAGCUACCACGAGGAUCCUGGUCGCCCGUGAAUCAUGUAUCGGCCGAACUUCUACGAGAGCACGUGUCUGAGGUGCGCCCAGACCGUCUACCAGGUGGACAGGGUCGGCCCACUGAAGGACUUCACGUUCUUCCACGCGGGAUGCUUCAAGUGCGCGAUCUGCGGCACGAAGCUGACCCUGAAGACCUACUACAACAACCAGCACACGAUCAACGACAAGGAGGUCUACUGCAGCAGCCAUGUGCCCAAACCGGGCCCGGGCACCUUGGACGGGUCCAGCGUGGGCAUACGCAGCGCCCUGAACGUGCCCAGGAGCGGUUACGUCAACGAGCAGAUCAGAGCCGGCGGUGCGUCACCGCGCGGACUCUAUCCACCUUGUUACGAUAAUGUAGACUCGCCUAAUUAUGCCAGGCACCUAAACGGACACGGUUCACCGCCGGCUACGAAUUCGUCCCAACGUGAUUUCCAUGGGAAUGCCGGCGGAGGAGCGUCCUGGCCGUACAACCACCAUUACGCCGGGGAUGGGAGCUACCAGUACGGAAGAUUCGACGCGAGCGCGCUUCACAUCGCCCAUGCCCUUAAGCAGACGGAACUUCAGAAGGGCUACAGCAAGGCACGCGAGAAGCCCAUCGAUUAUUAUCUGGAUCGAGACGAGCAGACGCGUCUCGAGAUGAAGCACCGCAAAGAGGAGGACGAUCUGUACCGAAAGUUCGCGCACCACCGCGAGGAGGAGGACAGGAGGAUCCGAGAGGAAUUCCGAGACGAAUGGGAGAAGGAGCUGGAGCAGCUGUCGGCAAGAUGGGAACGCGAAAAAGGCGGAAGAGUUCGAACCCAACAAUUUCAGCAGGAGAAGGAGGACUUGGAGAAGAACAUGACUCUACGCAGGGACAAGAAGAAGGAAAGUCUCACGCGCAAAAUAAUGGAACACGAACGGGCGGCGACCGCGGCGCUCGUGGAGAAACAGAGCUCCGAGAUGUUGGAGCUGAUCAAUGAGGCGAGGAGCGAGUAUAUGCGCCAGGAGAGCCUGUAUCUCGACGAAGGGGACGGUUAUGCCCAGGAAGCGCCGCCUAUGCCUUAUCCGUCGCGUGCACCACCCCCGCAGCCGCCCGCCCUCGCCAAGUAUCACAUCUACAAUGAUCCUCUGGAGUUUGCUGACAUGGAUCAGAUAGCUAUUUCGGUGGCCCAAGAAGAUCAAAAAACGUUCACGGACCUGGUGCGGCAGUUGGUGAGCAGAUGCGGAUCGGACAUAGAGAAGGCGAGGACGAUAUUCCGAUGGAUCACCGUGAAGAAUCUGAACACUAUGCAGUUCGACGAGAAUCUGCGCGGCGACACGCCUAUGGGUUUGUUGAGAGGGAUCAAACACGGGACUGAAAGCUACCACGUUCUGUUCAAGCGACUGUGCAGUUACGCGGGCUUACAUUGCGUAGUCAUAAAGGGUUACAGCAAAUCGGCUGGCUACCAGCCGGGGGUGUGUUUCGAGGACAAUAGAUUCCGGAACAGCUGGAACGCGGUUUACGUGGCCGGUGCAUGGAGAUUCGUCCAGUGCAAUUGGGGAGCACGACAUCUCGUCAAUGCCAAAGAAGUUCCUCGUCCUGGCCAACCCAAAGCCAAGAACGACAGUCUCAGAUACGAGUACGACGACCACUACUUUUUGACGGACCCGCGGGAAUUCAUCUACGAGUUCUUCCCUCUGCAAGAGGAGUGGCAAUUGCUCAAACAACCGAUUUCGCUGAAAGACUUCGAAGAGCUGCCUUUCGUGCGAUCGUUGUUCUUCAGGUACGGUCUCUACUUCCCGGAUACGAACACGAACGCCGUUAUGUAUACGGACUCGACGGGCGCCGCGACCGUCAGGAUAGCCAUGCCGGCUCACAUGCAGUCGUCCCUCAUUUUUCACUAUAACCUGAAGUUCUACGACAACGACGGCGACGGAUACGACGGCGUGUCGCUGAAGCGCUUCGUCAUGCAGUCUGUAGUCGGCAACAUAGUCGCGUUCAGAGUGCACGCGCCCUGUUCGGGCGCAUUUCUUCUGGACAUCUUCGCGAACGCCGUGACGCCGAAAGAAUAUUUGACCGGCGAGCCCAUGAAGUUCAAGAGCGUCUGUAAAUUUAAAAUCGCCUGCGAGGAACUGCAGACGGUGAUGGUGCCACUGCCAGACUGCGCCAGCGGCGAAUGGGGACCGACGAAGGCUACGAGACUCUUUGGCCUUAUACCAAUUACUGAUCAGGAGGCUCUGGUGUUCGCUGGUCGUGAGUUAGAGAUCCAGUUCCGGAUGUCAAGGCCGCUGACCGACUUCAUGGCGACAUUGCACAAGAACGGGAUCGAAGAGAAACGGCUGUCGAAGUACGUGACGCACUCGAUCGCCGACGACGACGUGGUCACUUUCUCGAUCAGCUUCCCAGAAGAAGGCCAAUACGGCUUGGACAUCUACACCAGAGAGUCCACCAGCCCGACGAACGUCCCUCACGACGUCACCGGCGAGAAACACCUGCUGACGCACUGCUGCAAGUAUCUGAUCAACUCCAGCAAACGGAACUAGGCAAGCAUCCUAAGAGAUUCUACCGUUCGUGGACGAUCUGCAUGCACACGGUACCAUUUCGCUGGCACGAUUCGUUCGGUGGACGAGCUUCGCGGAGGAUCGUCGAUCACGGGAGAUCGCGAAAGGUGCUGUAACUCCUCCCCUCUGGCCGCACCGGUUCUUCCGCUACCGGGGGAUCCGGAAGCGGCGCGAAAGAACUAAUCCUCUGAAAGGUUAGCCUCCACUUGCCAGUAAAUUACCUGUUAACUAAGGAUACGAUUGCGCGAGGUGUCGACUGCAGCAGAGAAAGCGGGAACGUUUCCACGGAGGAAUUUCGAACGACCUAGUGGAUUGCUGCGGUUUAUCGGGCCAUCGGAGUUUACGUUUUUCACGGCUCCACAGUUGGUAUCUUCGGAGAGCGUUCCGCAGUCGCCUCCGGUCUGAACGCAUUCCGCUGCAGUUUCGUUUUACAGGCAACAAUAAAUACGGCGCGCGGAUGAUGUUGUAAAUAUACGAGCGAGCAAGAUCCAGAGAGUCUCGGGGAACCUUCACAGCAAUUCUAUAAUUCCCGGUUGACGCGCUACCUCCGCGUUCUUCGUAGUUUAGCGACAAUAAGUUCUUAAUUGGUCGAGGAUAAUUGCCGGGGAGAAGCGUCCCUAAUUGGACGAUGUCGCGCAGUGGGCGAUUCCGCUUAAAAAUGGGACAGAAAUCGUUAUGACUUGAGAACGCUUUAUUGACGGGUAACGAAAUGAGACAUACCUUAUUUAUCUUCGUGAACGCACGCAUCGUUUUUGUCGAGCAAUGACUAGAUCGCGGAUCUUUUUGCAAUAUAAAAAUUGUCUACCUCAAUUGCAACAAGCUAAAGUGAAAUUGUAGUUUGUUUUCUUUCUUAACACGUCGAAUAGGUGAAAAAUAAUGUAACAUGAUUCUUAAAGUCUCAUAAUUUUUCUACUGCUCUCUCAUAAAUGCAUAAAAUCCGCGGUUUAGUAAUGACAUAACGUUAUUAUUGAUUUCUACUACUUUCAUUUUUAUUGCUAAACUCGUUGUCAGAAGGUCCAAUGCAAUGGAAAGCAUAACAUUGUUUAUGACAAUAGAUAGAUUGUUAUGUUCAGAUCAUAGAACUAAGGAAUAUACAUAACGAUUAUCUACCACAAGAAACAAUUCAUUCUAACAGACUCCAAAGACUUUAUGUACCAAUACUCAAAUUGUAGGCUAUAUCACGAAUUAUAUCUUUCGCCUACUUUUUCUAUUAUUAUAAUACUUUGUGAAACGAGAUUUUCAAUUUUUAAACAAUUCGGAGCAUGCUCAUUUUGAUAGAGUAGAAACAAGAUUAUCAAAAUUGAAAUAAUUUUCAAUUAUUUCGAAUGAUUUCAAUUUUCUUCAGUUAUUAGUAAACGUACUAAACAGUACCAAUUAUACGUACGAGAUAAUAAUAAAUCUCAAACCGCAUAACAGUUUUCUACUUAUAAAACAAUUUCGUUUUGUCCCAUUUUCUACGAAGAUCGGCCACCGUGCGUCGCGCCGCGAGAAGAGCGUUAAUGAUCCCACGCGAUCGCGGUCGAAUCCGCUCGUGUCAGCUAUAUUUAUUAAGAGCCUUUUAUUUAACUCGCUGAUGAUUUUUCCGGGCUCGUUGUCGACCGUGUUUGCCGCGGGAAAGAUCGCAAUUACAUUUAACUAGCUCCGGAGAUCGCGCGGUGCUCCCCGGUCGAAUUAAUCAAACUUUCUCGCCCCGGUUACCGGUCCGAGGCAUUAAUCCCAAUUAUCCCGUGACCGUUUUAAUUCAAUCCCGGGGAAUCGCGUUUCGCCAUUCGUUCCGCGUUUUUGAGUGGCGCCACGCGAUUCACCGAACCGCCGAACCUGUCGGGGGGAAGUGGUGGAACCUUGAGGGAAAAAUUUGAAGAAAAAAAUUGUUUAAAUAUCCAUUAAAAAUCUAAGAUCAAAUGAUAAGAAUUUCUGAAAAAAAAUGGUUGAAAACCUGCGAUAAUCCAUAAUUCAUGAAAUUAUUUAUAUUAUUAUUUCCAUUAAAUUAUCGAGUUUCUCUUAGACCACAGUUCAGUGAUUGAAAAGCUAUUGAUAGACUUCCGGUAAAUAACGCGUUAACACGUUCUAAAAUAGCAUCAGAUUCCCCUAAGCGUUCGAAUUGCGGGAGGUGCUCUGCGUAAGUGAAUUAUGCGAUCGUUUCGAUGACGUCGAUCGGAAAGGCUAUGUCGACUUUAACGGAACAUCGAGGAGGUGCGCGCUUCCAUUGUUUUAAGUUUAUUACGCCCUUUGUACGUUAACGAUUAAGCAUUCCUAUCUCUUUCCUACCGUCCUUGCUUUCUUGUAACGAACGACCGUCACCGCGGAGAAAUCUGGUCAACUAGGGGUCGCGAUAAAAUGGCGGGCAUAUUAAUCGCCGUAGGAUUUCGCGAAGGACGAGCGCAGCGACGAGGGGGGUUAUUUAUAUUCGUUAAUGGUCCGGAGAGCUUUUGGAAUCGCGAAGUUUCGCGGUUACGGUGGUUUUCGAAGUUCAGGUGCUAUAUGUUAUUCUGUCACGAUUAGUUGCACAAUUCUAGUUACGUUUGGACGCGCGGACCGUAGGCGUGCCGAACUUUUCGGGGCACCGACGAUUUACGAUUUCGUUACGGAAUUAAUUUUUUAUUAUAACAAUUAUUUAUUUGUUAUUAUAAUAAUCGGGGGAAUCGUUCGUCGUCCAGGAUCGCAGCCACGCGAGACGAAAUCGCUCGGCAAUCGUGCGCCUUCUACGAUCUAACGCUCAGACCGAACAAAAAUUGUUUUCUAGUAAUAAAAAAGUAUAUAUAUAUUUGUUAAUUAUUGUAAUAUUAAUCGUUCUCUCCCCCUUGUUACUCGGAAAGUAAUUACGACGCUUGCGAGAGGAGCUUCUGUCGAUCCGCAUUCCCGUUACCGUGGGAUAAACUAUAACUCGAGCUUAAUACCUUUUCUCAUUGUUUCGCCUUAACGAGCAUGUAAAUGAAUUUUUAUACCUUACUACAAACACGCGAUAAGGAGUCGUGUUCUUGUAAAAAAAAGAUGAAUGGAUUUAAUAAAAUUUAAUUUUAUGGAA